UGUUAACAAACGUUCGUGCGCGAUAAGACUCAACAAGAAUUUUUCAAUAAUAGCUGUGUUUUAAUUUGGACUGCAAAUAGCAGAAUAUGGCUGAAUCGCGAGCAGCAACUUCACGGCAGUUUUCACAUGCUGGUUCUCUACAGUAUGAAACCAGCGCAAGCUACACAUUCCAAAAUAGAUCCAACAUGAGUCAAAGGGAUGAAGUGCAAAAAUUCGAGCAGGGUCGUAUCAAGGUCCUACAAGAAGAACGACUCCACAUACAAAAGAAAACUUUCACAAAAUGGAUGAAUUCAUUCUUACAAAAGGUGCGUAUGGAAGUAGAAGAUUUAUUUGUCGAUCUAGCAGAUGGAAGAAAACUACUCAAACUUCUUGAAAUAAUAUCUGGGGAAAAAUUAGCAAAACCGAACAAUGGAAAAAUGCGGGUGCACAAAAUCGAAAACGUCAAUAAAAGUUUGGCUUUUUUGCACACCAAAGUCCGAUUGGAAAGUAUCGGUGCCGAGGACAUUGUAGACGGCAAUCCCCGCUUGAUACUAGGCCUAAUUUGGACGAUAAUUUUGAGAUUUCAAAUUCAAGAAAUCGAAAUUCAAUUGGACGAAGAAAAUGAGAGUUCGGAGAAAAAAUCGGCUAAAGACGCCCUUCUUUUGUGGGCUCAAAGAAAAACGAACGGCUACCAAGGCGUAGAAAUCAAAGACUUUUCGAGCUCGUGGAGGACCGGACUCGCUUUCAAUGCCCUCAUCCAUUCUCACAGGCCGGAUUUGUUUGACUACAAUCGUUUGCCUGGCGGUAAAAAUAUUGACAACCUUAACCAUGCCUUUGACGUGGCAAACAACGAGUUGGGUAUACCCAGCUUGUUGGACGCCGAAGAUGUGGACACGUCCCGACCGGACGAGAAAAGUAUUAUGACGUAUGUGGCCUCAUAUUAUCACACGUUCGCCCGAAUGAAAAAUGAAGAAAAAUCUGGACGAAGAAUAGCAAAGAUUGUUAGUCAAAUGGUUGAAGCAGACAAAAUGAAAAUCAACUAUGACCGUCUCACAACCGACUUACUUGAUUGGAUAAAUUUGAAAAUUGUAGAAUUGAAAGACAGAAACUUUGCCAAUUCCUUGGAGGGUAUCCAAAGUUUACUGCUAGCAUUCGGCCAAUAUAGAACUCAAGAAAAACCACCAAAAUAUAUAGAAAGAAGCGAAAUUGAGGCGUUAUAUUUCAACAUAAACACCCAGCUCAAAGAAUUGAGGCAACCAAUGUUCAACCCAGCAGAUGGUAAAUUGGUGCAGGAUAUUGAACGGGCAUGGGAUAUACUUGAAAAAGCCGAACAUAGUAGAGAGGUGGCUUUAAGAAAUGAAUUAUUGAGACAGCAGCGACUAGAACAUUUAAAUUACAAGUUCGAAAAAAAAAGCAUCCUCAGAGAAGGCUACCUGAAGGAAAUGAUACAAGUUUUAUCUGAUGCGCGUUACGGUUCUAACUUGGCUCAAGUGGAUGCUACAGUAAAAAAACAUGAAGCAAUAAGCGCCGAUAUUUUGGCUAGAGAAGAACGUGUCCAUGAUCUAACCCAAAUGUGUAAAGAACUGGUUGGAGAAAAAUAUAGAAACUCAGAAAAAGUAAAAGCCAGAGAAGCAGUUAUAUUGCAGCAAUGGCGUGAUCUGAUAGCCUUGUUGGAAAAACACAAGGCCAAUCUAAAUCGAAUGGGUGCUAUUAUGGCCAUUUUGAGAGAAAUCGAUACUACUCUGGCCAGCAUAGAACAACUCAAAAUUGACUUGUCUUCUACAGAUAUUGGCAUACACUUGAUGGCCGUCGAGGACUUGUUGCAGAGGCACGCUUUGCAGGAAUUACAAGUUUCCAGCAUGGGAGAAAGCGAACGCAAACUGAUCAGAUCUGGGGAACAAAUUGCUGCUCAAAAUCCCAAAGAAGCGGAUAUAUUGAAGAAGAAAUUGGCAGAUUUGUCAGAGGCUUACAAAGAGCUUAAGGAUGUAAGUGCUCAAAGAAAAGCCAUCCUGGAAGAAGCCAGGAAUUUUUACCAAUUCAUCCAGGACCAAGAGGACGAAGAAGCUUGGCUUAUUGAAAAGCAGAGAAUAUGCCAGGCGGGUAUAACAGCCAAGGAUUUGCGAGGCGUCGUCUCGUUGCAACAGAAACACAAGGUUUUAGUAGACGAGAUUAAACGAAGACGCAACAAGUUUGACCAAUUAGGAGCUACUGGUAUACAGUUGAUCGAAGAAAAACAUCCCAGAUCAAUAGAAAUUGAACAACUAAUGGAACGUAACAAAAACGCUUGGAUAUUGGUGGAAAAAUUGGCACUCGAACGUACAAAGCAACUGCAAGACGCCGUCGAAGCGUACCAAUUCUAUGCGGACGCAAACGAGGCGGAAUCUUGGUUUUUGGAGAAAGAAUCUAUUCUAGCUUCGAAAGACUUGGGCUCUGACGAACCUAGUGCCGCUUCGUUAUUGCAGAGACACAAAGACCUCGAAGGAGAAUUGAAUGCUUACCAAGGCGACAUUCAAAGUUUGAAUUUACAGGCCAAUGGGCUAAUCGAGGCUGGCAUUUCCAAUUUGGACUUGAACGCUGAACUUGAUGUGGAUCAUGUUGAUGAUGUUCAAUAUGAAAUGAGAAUGAUUGCAACCGAAGUUUACGUAGACGAACCAGUAGAAAAAGUUGAAUAUAAAAAUAUUGUAGAAGAAAGAAAAGUGCCUCAAGUCCGAGCUUUAUAUCCGUUCAGCGACCACGGCUUGACAAUGGUCAAAGGCGAAGUUAUGUUUCUGUUAAACAAAAGUAAUCCGGAUUGGUGGUGCGUGAGAAAAGCUGACGGUGCUGACGGCUUUGCACCAGCAAAUUAUGUAGUAGAAAUCGAACCGCGAAUAAUCCAAGUAACCGUACGCAAACCAGAAACAGUGAGAACUGUUCAAAAGGUAAAAAAGACCAAAAUGGUCAAGACUAAAGUGCCCAUCAAAGUACGUCGACCACCCCGUCCGACCAAAAGGAAGAUGGACGACAACAAUAGUGUACCCAAAAGACAAAAGCAAUUGAAUGACACGUACACACGAUUGCAAGAAAUGGCCAUAGCCAGGAGAGCCUUACUAGAAGAUGCCAUCAGAUUAUUCAGAUUUUUCAGAGAAUGUGAUGACUUUGAAAGAUGGAUCAGGGAUAAAGAGAAGAUGUUGUCUGUUGAUGAUCCCAACGAUAGUGUUUUACAGGCAAAGAGAAAGUAUGAGAAAUUUGUAACUGAUCUCUCAGCCAGUACAAAACGAAUGGACGAGCUCGAAAGAGAAGUCAAAGAAUUUGAAAGGCAGAAUCACUCACAAAUCGACAAACUCCGUGCCAGAUUCCGUCAAAUUCAACUCGCCUGGCAAAAACUGAACCGACUUAAGGCCACCAAAGAAAAAAGUCUGGAGGGUGCCAGUAGUGUAGAAUUGUAUAACAAACUGUGCGAAGAAGCCAGAGACUGGAUGCUGGAAAAAAUGAUGCAGCUGGAAAGUGACGUUUUAGGGCACGAUUUGAAGACUGUCCAAGCGUUGCAACGCCGACAUGACAAUUUGGAAAGAGAAUUGGCUCCUGUUGAAGAAAAGGUCAAUAAAGUCACUCUGUUAGCCAACGACGUUCAAGCGCAAUAUCCUUCAGAAAGGCACAACGUGUCUCAAAAGCAAAGAGAAAUUGACGCUCUUUGGGCUAAAGUUAAAGAAAAAGCUGUGGAUCGAAGAGCUCGAUUAGAAGAUGCAGUCGGCCAGCAAAUAUUUACAAAUGGAGCCAAAGAACUACUCAAAUGGAUUGCCGACGUUAAGGACAGACUAAACGCUGACAAUUUAGUCAAAGAUGUGCAAACGGCACAGACACUUUUGAAAAACCAUCAAGAUUUGAGGGCGGAAAUCAAAACGAAAGACGACGAGUUCAAACAGCUCAUGGAGUUGGGUCUACAGCUACUCAAAACAAAUCCAGAACUACACCAAGUCAAAGACUUCAUUGACCGCUUGGAAGCGGAACAAGCGGCAAUUUCACGAGGAUGGCAUGAAAAAGAACAUUGGUUGCAACAGUGUCUCAGACUACAAGAAUUUAAUAAGGAAGCUGACAAUAUUGACGCUGUCACUUCAGCACAUUUGGCAUUCCUUGAAUUUUCUGAUCUUGGAAACUCCCUGGACGAAGUCGAGGCCUUACAAAAGCAACAUAGAGCUUUUGCCAAUACCCUUUCUGCCCAGGAUGAACGGCUUGCUGCUUUUGUAAAACGCGCCGAUGCCUUGAUUGCAGAACAACAUUAUGACAGUCAAGGAAUUGCGACAAGACGUGAUCAGGUCCUCGAAAGACGUCAAGCCGUGAAAGCGGCCAGUCAGCAACGCGCCAACGCGCUGGACGCCUCCAAAAACUAUCAAGAAUUCUGCGCCGAAGCCCACGAUCUUCAAGUUUGGCUGGCGGAAAAACAAAAAACCGCGUCCGACGAAAGCUAUCGCGACCUCAACAAUUUGGAAAGAAAACUGCAAAAGCACGAAGCGUUCGAACGAGAACUGAGAGCCAAUGAAGGUCAGUUGAGAAGCGUCACUAAACUGGGCUCUUCCCUAAUGGCUCAAGGUAGUUACCAAAAAGACGAAGUGGCUUUGAUAUUGCAGCAACUUAAUGAUUCCUGGAAAAAUUUGGUUGGUGUUUCAUUGGAAAAGGGCAAGCGUUUACGUCAAGCGGAAGCUCAAGAAAACUACAACAGCGCUGUGGACGAUGUCAAAUGUAAACUUGAUGAAAUUGAUGGGGCUUUGAGGAGUUCAAAUGUUGGAGUUGAUCUUCGGUCUUGCCGGGAUCUGUUGAAAAAACAUGAGGCCCUGGAAAUUGAGCUACAUCAAGUAGAAAAUAGAGUCAAAGAUUUAGUUGUUCAAAGCCACGAUAUGAGCGACGAAGGCCAUUUUGAUUCAGAAACGAUUCGCCAAAACGCCUUGGUAAGUCACGAAAGACUUAAACAAUUGGAGACACCUGCAAAGGCACGACAUGCAGCUUUAGAAGAAGCUUUAAGAUUUUACAAAUUCGGUUUUGAAAUCGACUCAGAAAUACAGUGGAUCAACGAACACAUGCCUCUGGCGACUUCAGAAGAGGUCGGCAAUAGUUUACAUCAAGCACAAAAUUUCCACAAAAAAAAUAAAAAGUUGCAAGCAGAAAUUGUUGGCCAUCAAGCUGUGAUCGAUAAGGUUUUGAAUAAUGGACAAGCUUUGAUUGAUCAAAAACAUCCUGAAAGAGCAAAUAUUAAACAACUCUGUGACAAAUUGCGAACAACGUGGGCGGAAUUGGAAGGGAACGCCAAUAAAAGAGGCAGCAAACUGGAUCUUUCCCUUAAAGCCCAACAAUAUUUCUUUGAAGCUAGCGAAGUGGAAUCGUGGCUGAACGAAAAAGCUAAUAUUUUGGAUAGCAGUGAUUAUGGAAGAGAUAGAGAUUCUGCUACAAAACUUUUGACAAAACACAAAGCUCUGGAACUAGAACUAGAUACCUACAAUAAUAUAAUCUCAGAAAUGGGUCAUGGUGCUCAAGCUAUGGUCAAAUCAGGACAUCCUGAUUCAAAAUUAAUUUCUGAAAGACAAGCCAGCCUGGAACGUUUAGUCAGAUCUUUGCAAAGGAAGGCGGCUAUUAGACAAAACAGGCUCAUGGAGUCCUUGUUUGGCCACGAGUAUUUUGUGGAAUCUGGCGAACUGGAAAGCUGGAUAGCUGAAAAUCUUCAGCAUGCCUCUUCAGAAGACUACGGUCAAGAUUAUGAACAUUUAUUGCUUUUGAAAAACAAAUUCGACGAUCUGAAGCAUAAAAUCGAAGGUGGCUCAGACAGAUACAAACAAUGUGAAUCUUUAGCUCAGAAACUUUUGGCCAACGAAAGUCCCUACAGUUCAGAAAUCCAAACAAUACAGGCUCAACUAGAACAAUCCUGGAACAAUCUCCACGAGCAAGUAAAAAAACGUGAAGAGCGUCUGAACGCUGCCGGAGAAAUUCAUCGUUUUCAUCGCGAUGUGGCUGAAGCAUUGCAGCGGAUCCACGCUAAAAACGCCGCGCUCGGUACAGAUCUUGGUCGCGACCUCAACUCUGCGCUCACUCUGUAUAGAAAGCACGAAGCUUUCGAAAAUGAACUAGUCGUUUUAGAGGCGCAGCUGCAAGUGCUCGUCCUGGACGCCUCCAAGCUGCAACAAGUAUAUCCGACAAAUAAAAAUAAAAUCCAGCAACAGCAAGCGUUGGUAGUGGAAGCGUGGAAUGGGUUGAAAGAACGCGCCGAUUUGCGGAAAGAUCAACUUCAAGCGAGUAUCGAUCUUCAAAAAUUCUUGGCACAAGUCAGAGAUUUGACCAAUUGGGCAACUAAUCUACGGUUAUCGAUGAAUGCUGAGGAACAUGUCAGAAGUGCUGCUAGGGCUCAACUACUAAAAAGUGAGCACGAAGCUCUGAAAGGCGAAAUAGAAGCUAGAGAAGUCGAUUUUCAAGCUACCGCUGAUAAUCUAGCAGCUAUGGAACAAACUGGUCACUAUGCGGCAACUGAAGCUGUAGAAAGAUACAAAAAUUUGAUUAAGGAGCGUGAAAACUUACACACCGCUUGGCAGUUGAAAAAAAUCCAUUUGGAUCAAUUAAGCGACUUGCAUAUAUUCCUUAGAGAAGCCAAGUUGCUCGAAGAUGCCACUAACACGCAAGAAGCAGCUUUGAGUAAAUCUGAUUUUGGAGAAACUGUUGAGGAAGUUGCCAAUCAAUUAAAAAAACACGAAGCUUUUGAAAAACUUGUUACACAUCAAGAUAAAAAUUUGGAAGCCCUUAUGCAAUCAGGCAACAAGCUACUCAACCAAGAUCAUUACGAAAGCAAGCAAAUUGCCCAAGUAUUAUCCGAAAUUCAAACGAAAAGACAUCGCGUGCAUCAACUAUGUGCUCAAAGAAAGUCCCUGCUCCUCGAUGCCCUGCUUUACGCAGAAUUCAUUAGAGACGUUUCUGAAGCAAUGAAUUGGAUUGCGGAAAAACAAAAAAAAAUGGAUGUAGAAGGAAAAAUGAGCGAUAACAUGAACAUCGCAGAAAAAAUCAAAAUACUACAAAAACACCAAGCGUUCCACGCGGAAGUUUCCGCCAACAUUGGUAGAAUCGAAGAAGUACAAGGCAACGGCGAAAAAUUGAUUGCCAAAAGGCACAAAGCCAGUCCAGAAAUUCAAAAACAACUUAACGAACUACAAAUAGUUUGGGCCCAUUUCAUGCAAGAAGUUAACCAUAGAAAUAGAGGCCUCGAAGAAGCCCAAGACAUUCUUAAUUUCACCAAUAUGCUUGAAAAAUUAGAAGCUUGGAUUAGAGACAAAGAAGUAAUGAUUCAAGCAGGAGAUACAGGAAGGGACUAUGAACAUUGUCAGCUUCUACAAAGAAAAUUAGAUGAUGUCGAUAGCGAUAUGAGAGUCGACGAUGCUAAAAUAAAAAAUAUCAGCUCUCUGGCUGAUAAGUUAGCACGUCAAGGUCAAAUGGGAGUAGUCGAAAGACGAAACGCAUUCAUAGCCAAAUGGCAUUCUCUUCAAGGAGCUUUGGACGAUUAUAGAGCCAAAUUAGCAGCUGCUUUGGAAAUUCACUUAUUCGACCGGGACGUCGCCGAUACUAUUGAACGUUUACAAGAAAAAUCCAAAGCGAUGGAUGUGGAUGAUAUUGGAAAAAAUCUUUCAGCCGUAGAAGCUUUACAGAGAAAACAAGACGCUUUAGAAAUAGAGGUUACUGCUGUCCAGAAGAAGAUACAUGACGAUCAUCAAGUAGUUGCUUUGGAUUUAAGUCAAAAGCAUUCUCACAGUGCCAGUCAUUUGGAAGACAAACUUCAAAUUUUAGAAAGUUUACUUGUAACAUUACACGCAGUAAAGCAAAAACGUAGAGAACAAUUAGCGAUAGCUUAUUUCCAAGAGAAAUUCAAAGCCGAUGUUAAAGAUUUAGACGUUUGGGUAACUGAAACCAUCAAAAGGAUGGAAGCUUAUGAUAAGCCUAACAGUGUAAGUGAUGCAGAAGCCCAUCUAGAACUACAUAAUGAAUUAAGAGCGGAAAUUAACGGACGUCAUGAAGCUUUCAAAACUUUGAUAGAAACGGGAAAAGAUUCGCCACAAAAAAACAAUCCUAUAAUUGUUGAUAAUAUUGCCAAAUUAAAGCAGUUGCAAGAGAACAUUGAAAGUUCUUGGGAACAAACCAAACACGAACUGGAACACGAAUACGAUAUACAGAUAUUCAAAGAGCAAGCUAAUCAAUUGAAUAAUUGGUUUGCUACUAAAGAAGCCUUCUUGAAUAAUGAUGAUGUAGGUGAUACUCCGAGAAGUGUUGAAAUCUUACUAAGAAAACAUGCUGAUUUUGAAGUGAUGCUGGAAAAACAAUUAGUAAGAGUUGAAGAAAUAACUGCUGCAGCUCAGAAAAUAUUAAUCGUCAAACCAAGCUCUGAGGUAAAGGACAAAUUAAAUACAAUAAUUAGCCGAAAAAAUCGCUUAUUAAGUAAAACCAGCGAAAGAAAAGAAACAUUAAGCAAAUCGAAAUCAUUGCAGCAAUUUUUGCACAAUGUCAGCGACGUCGAAAUCUGGCUGAACCAAAAACUGACUGUGGCUGGUGAUGAAAGUUACAGAGACCCCAGCAACCUACAGAACAAAAUUCAAAAACACGCGACAUUCGAAGCUGAAGUAAUGGCUAGCGGAGAACGUAUUCAAAUUGUUGUCGAAGAAGGUAAAGAACUAAUAACUUCCAAUCAUUAUGCCGCUACUGAAAUAGCUAUACGAUUAGAUGAAUUAGAAAAUGAUUGGAAACAUCUACAAGAGUUGUCUAAUCUCAAACGUGACAGGCUAAAUGAAGCCUAUCAGGCAUUGCUAUUUAAUAGAUCGUUGGAGGAAUUCGACGGUUGGCUCAAUGAAGUCGAAGUGCAAGUAAAUUCAGUCGAAACGGGCAAAGAUUUGGCAUCUGUUAACAAUUUUCUCAAACGUCAUAUUGCUUUGGAACAGGACAUUCAACAGCAUUCUGAAAAUUGCGAUCAAAUUCACGAAGCCUCAGAGCAAUUCGUAAAAAGUGGUCACUUUAUGGCUGAUGAAAUUAAAGAAAAUGCGGAAGCUGUUAUUACAAGAUAUCAUCAUUUGAAAGAACCUCUUCAAGUCCGUCGAGACCUUCUAGAAUCCUCAAGUAUGCUUCUUCAAUUUACUAGAGACGUAGAGGAUGAAGUUCAGUGGCUCACCGAAAAAGAAAGAUUAUGUUCUUCUCCUGAUUUAGGGCUCAAUUUGGCCGCAGUACAAAGUUUGCACAAAAAACAUCAGGUGAUAGAAGCAGAAUUAGCAGCUAGAGAGCCUAUUGUCGCCAAUUUGGUCAGCAGAGCGACAAAUUUAACGCGAUCCAAUCAUCCUUUGUCGCACAUUAUUAAGGAGAAAGCCGGUCAAGUCAAAUUACAGUUGGCACAAGUAAGGGAUUUAGCUAGUAUUAGAAAACUGAGGCUGCAAGACGCUCUUGAGGCGCACUUGUUCUAUCAAGAAGUCAUAGAAGCUCUUACAUGGAUAAAAGAAAAGCGGCCUUUCUUGGCUUCUAGAGAGGUGGGUAAGGAUGAGGAUACUGCUCAGUCUUUGCAAAGAAAACUGGAAGUCUUGUCGCUAGAAAUAAAAGCGUUCAAAUCCAAUAUCGAUAAACUCGGUAAGACUGCCGAUCACCUUAUUGAGAGAGAACAUUUUGAUUCUGAGACUAUUGCUCAAAAAAAGAUUCAACUUGAAAGUGAGUUUAAUGAUCUAAGAAAGUUAGUAUCUGAACGAGAAGUGCGGUUAAGCGAAGCUUUACAAUAUUUCGGUUUCAUUCACGAAUGCACUGACGUCAAAGACUGGAUGCGAGACCAAACAAAUAAAGCCGACUCCGAGGAGUACGGCAACGACUUGGAACACGUCGAACUGUUGAUUCAGGCGUUCGACACUUUCCACGCCAGUUUGUUAAACAGCGAACCUAGAUUAGUCCAGUGCAUAGAAAACGGAAACGCAAUUAUCAAUGCAAAGAGCAGCUACAGUUCGGAAGUGCAACAAAAAGUUAGCGAGUUGAAAGGCAGCUGGGAUGAUUUGAUCGAACUUGCUAAUGCAAGAAAAGAGGCUUUGAAUGGUGCUAAACAGGUGCAUUUGUUCGAUAGAACCGCAGAAGAAAUUAUAUCCUGGAUUCAAGAGAAAGAGUCUGACCUUAUUUAUGGGGCUUACGUUCAAGACUCUGAGGCGAUCGAAAAAUUAAUGAGGAAACACCAAGCCUUGGAAAGUGAAAUGAAAGCGAUAAGAGAUAAAGUUGAUUAUAUCGUUCAAGAAGGCAAUAGAUUAAUAAACGAAUUCCCUGACACCAAGGAUCACAUUGACGAUAAAAAAGAGGACACUUUUUCUGCUUGGGAAGAUUUACAACUUAAAGUUGAACGCGAACGAGAAUUCCUUUUGCAAAGCGAACAGUUGCAAUCAUACUUUGACGAGUACCAAGAAUUAUUGGCCUGGAUCAAUGAAAUGCUAGCUAAAAUCACUGCACCAGAUUUACCGCAAGAUUGUUCGGAAGCCGAACUUCUUAUAGUGAGGCACAAAGAUUAUAAAACAGAAAUCGACAGUCGGAUGCGGGUGUUUUCACAAUUUUACGACAACGGAAACGCAUUCAUAGAGAAAAAUCAUCCUUUAGCGCACGAUAUUGAAGAUAAAAUUACGGUUUUGCAACAAAGGAUUGAACUUUUAAUUAAUAUUUGGAGCCAAAGAAAUAUUAUUUACGAAACCAAUUUGGAUGUGCAACUUUUCAAAAGGGAAGCCAAUACUUUGGAAAGCUGGAUGGUGCUUAGGGAGGAUCUUUUGAGAGAUGGAAAAGUUGGCGAUAGCAUAUCACAGGUGGAAGAUCUAAUCAAAAAACAUCGAGACUUUGAAGAAACAGUAAAAUCCCAAGAAGACAAAUUCGAAGCUCUUAAACGAAUGACUUUAUUAGAAGAGGCGUUCACGCAACAACUCAAACAGGAGCAACUGGCACGCCAAGCGGAAAAAGAAAGAUUAGAGCAAGAAAAAUUGGAGAAACGUAAACGACAGGAAAUGGACCGGAUAACUCAGUUAAGAAGACAAGAAUCUGGAGAUAGGGAGCCACGUUAUUCUGAAAUACCUGAAGAACGUCCAUCGGCUAAUGGAACCAGUCAUUUUGGACCGGCACCAUUGGUAAUGCCCAAUACGUCGUACCAGAAUAGUAACUCCCCCCUGACACCGCCGAUUCGAGUGGUUUCACCCCCACCCGUACCAGGUGCUCCAAUAGUUAAUCUAAGAAAAACCAACUCGGUCGCUCAAAUGUUUGAUAGAGAACGUAUCAGGCGUGGUUCCGAUCAUGGUGUGAAAAGGGCAGAAAGUAUGAAAGUAGGACCUGGUUCUAAGCCUGUGAAGAGGACACCUUCGUUCACUACCAGGAGAAAGGGUUCAUUUAAAUCAAAACACACUGAUGUUGUAUUACCUCCAGUAGAAGCCGAAGCAUUCCUUGAAAGGAAACAAAUUCUUUUGCCUGGAUCUAAACGGGCAUCAAACCGUGCGUGGAAAAAUUCCUACACUGUGCUUUGUGGUCAACUUUUGUGCUUCUUCAAAAACAAAGACGAUUUUGCUGCUAGUAAAGCCAGUGGGGCGCCAUUGAAUAUUCACAACGCGGCCUGUUCGGUUGCCGAAGAUUAUCACAAAAGGAAAUACACCUUUAGAUUGAUAAUAGUAGACGGUUCCGAAUUUUUGUUUUCCUGCGUGUCCGAGGUUGACAUGAUGGAUUGGGUGAAUAAGAUUAAAUUUAGGGCGAGAUUACCACCUAGUCAGCAACUUUUGCAUUUUGAUGUUCCAAAGGAACCCAAUGACGAAAUAAGUUCACAAUCAAGCCGCACAUCUAGUCCAGACGUUGCCGAUUCUGUGGUUUUAAGAAACGAAACCCAUUCAAACAAUGGCAGCGUUGGCUCCUCACAAUCUAGCAGACAUACUUUAGACAGUUACGGAAGUGGUUCUCGAGCAGACUCUCAAAGUUCACCGCCUAGACCAAAUUCAACAAGCGGCGAUCAGAAAAUGUCACACCGUAUUCGUGAACUGUUUGGCAGGAAAAAGCGAAAUUCACAUAUGUAAUUAGGGUUAGACAUAAUAUUAUAAGUUUUGAUUGAAUAGUAGAGUAUCUACUUAAAUUAUUUAAAGAAAUAAGUAUUAAGGAUGCCUUUUUGCAACUGUUGCAAUCUUAUCUGUUUAUACAUAUAAAUAAUGUAGUUAUUUUUUUUUUGUAUAUAAAGAAUUUAAUGUCGUGUUGAAGAUACCAAAUCAAAUUUUAUAGAUUAUUCUAUACAAUAUUUUUAUUUUUUGAAAUAAAAUGAAAUCAGUUUACCAUUAA